CGUUAUCCGCUUUUAGUCGCCAAGCAGCCAGCAGCAACCCGAAGAGGCCAGCCACAGAGCAGCACAUUGCUUUUAAUUAGAUUUCUAAUCACCCUAAAAAAACACAAAAUAAAGCAAAAUGUCUUCGGAAGUGACCAGCGACAACCCCAUCUAUGGCCCCUUCUUCGGUGUUAUGGGCGCAGCCUCCGCCAUCAUCUUUUCGGCUCUCGGCGCUGCUUAUGGCACUGCUAAGUCUGGUACCGGUAUUGCUGCCAUGUCGGUGAUGCGUCCUGAACUGAUCAUGAAAUCCAUCAUUCCUGUUGUCAUGGCGGGUAUCAUUGCCAUCUACGGCCUGGUCGUGGCUGUGCUGAUUGCCGGCGCGCUGGAUGAGCCCUCAAAGUACACACUGUUUAGAGGGUUUAUACACUUGGGUGCCGGUCUGUCGGUGGGCUUCUCCGGCCUGGCAGCUGGCUUUGCAAUUGGCAUUGUGGGAGAUGCCGGUGUCCGUGGCACAGCACAGCAGCCCAGAUUGUUCGUCGGCAUGAUCCUGAUUCUCAUCUUCGCCGAAGUGUUGGGUCUCUACGGUCUGAUCGUGGCCAUCUACCUGUACACGAAAUAAAUCAAUCAAUUCAACCACACAACAACAGCAAAUAGACAACAGCCCCAGCAGUCUGCGCGGCAAUACCAGCAGCCGCGGAAGAAUCGAAUCAGGUAACAUCAAUCGCAACAUCAGUCCGAGAGCAUAGCGCUUGCGGUGGCAGUUUCGGCGGCGUCCGUUUGUAUAUAGCAACACAGAUUCAACGGAGAAGAGAAGAAUAAAGUUCGUCGCCCGAGGAUUGCAAGGGUACCGCCGCGUGUUGCACCGCCGGACAGUGCCUGUUCGAUCCACUUUGGGUUGCUGGCGUCUGGUUUAGCUUAGUUAUUUUCCGUUCAAAUUCAACCUUUAACAAGGAAAACAAACAAUCUGCAG